AUGUCAUCGGCUCAGCAAAGCCAGCAACGCACAGAGAAGCAGCCACUCUAUGAUAUCGAUCCUUCCACAGGCCGUAAAGUCCCACACAAACGCAUCAAUAAUGCGUAUCUGGUGCACCAGCGAUGGGUCGAGAAACAAGAGCGCCUGAAAUUGCGACAAAAGGCCAAGGCUGAGGGACGACCUCUUCCUCCUGGAGAUGACUUGGACGCAGAAGAAGAGCCUUCAUUUGUUGCAAAUGCUAUUUUCACAACAGCGUAUGCCGGGUUUGUUGUUCUUGUUAUUGCUUUACUAGCAGGCCAAUUUAUCCACGGCGACUUUCUAUGGGGCUAUCGUGGCAAAUGGACUAAAUGGCAAACAUAUUUUCCUCCCAAAAUGCGUGUUUUCACACCCGAAGAAUUGCUGAAGUACAACGGCGACUCUGGAGAAGGGCCUGUGUAUUUGGCCAUCAAGGGCGACGUAUUUGACGUCACGCCGGGCCGUCGCAACUAUGGAAGCGGGGGCCCGUACCACUUUUUUGCAGGUCGUGACGCUUCUCGCGCCUACGUCACGGGCUGCUUCGACACACAUUUGACGCACGACCUACGUGGACUGACGCCCGCAGAACAGAGUAUGCUGGAUGGUUGGUACUCAUUUUACGCUCAACACCCUCAGUACUUCAAGGUGGGCACAGUCCAACUACCGUAUAUUGAUCCUGCGACACCCAUCCCACCUUCAUGCGAUCAACCGCGCGAUCAGAAACCUUAA